ACACACACACAAGCGCGCGCGCAGGGAAGGAACAGGAAAGUGGCUAACUUCAGCCAGACUGUGUUCAUCAGCUUUUCUCAGCACCAGAAUAAGGUGAAAAUAAUUCACAACAGGGUGGUAUGAUGCAGGUGAAGUGAAGGGGAAUUACUGUCACCACCAUGAAGGCUGAGACAGUGGGCAGUGCUGAUGUGUAACAAAAGGACAUUAGCUUGUUCUUCACCACAACUACAUCAUGUGACAAGUGUAUGUGACAGCAGUGUUAUAAAAGGCGAGUAUCUGAGACAGAAGAGCGAGAGACCAGCCGUCCUUCUACAGAUAAAGAUCUCUCUACAAAGAUCUCCUCCUGCGAUCAUCUCACACCUUCUACUGAACUUCAACAUCAAGUUCCUGCAGCUUGUAGUAGAUUUCUGCUCUCCAUCAUCUCAGACACUCCUCACAGAAUCCUUACACACUCCCCACACACUAAACACACACGCCUCACAAACAUUCCUCACACACACUCCUCAUACACUCCUCUCACACACACACUCCUCUCACACACACUCCUCCACUGUGCAUGAGGAUGAAGCUCCUCGCUCUGGUGCUCCUGCUCUCCACUUUCUCCUCACUGACCCUGACGAUGGUUGUCAAUUCUUUUAAACAAUCCUGUCCUUCAUUCUUCAUCCGAAACCCAGAAGUGAAAAAUGAAAUCAUCAUCCCCACUAUCUUCCAUGGAGAUCAGUAUAAGAAGAUUUGUCAGCUCUGGAAAAAAGCAACCAGAUUUGCCACCGUGUAUGACACUGUGAGGAGGAUCCCUGUUUACUCGGCCUACACGUUGUUAAAGGUAGAGAAGACUAAACGCAGCGAUGUAUGGAAAAUUGAACCUCAGCUUGAAGAUAUCAACGAAUAUAAAAACAAGAAAGAGAUGAUGGAUUCCCCGAGAGACCUGAAAACUUUGGGAAACAUAAUUAACCAGGCUGUGGACUUAGAUUAUGGAAAGAGUGUGUAUACUCGAGGUCAUGUGUUUCCACGUAGCUAUGCUGCUAAUCAGGAUCAAGCAAAUUCCACCUUCACUUUAACCAAUAUAGCACCACAAACACAAAACAGCAACGGGGCGUGGGCAAAGCAAGUGGAGGAACCGAUGCGUACUGAAAUAAAGAACAUUUGCAGGCUAGACCAAAAGCACCUGGCGUACAUUGUGACCGGGGUCGUUCCAGGGAAUAAUUGGAUAACGAUAACAAGAGGCGAAAACAAUUAUGAAAAAGGAAUUAAUAUCCCCAGUCAUUUUUGGAGCGCUUUCUGUUGCACCGGUAAAAAUGAUCAUAAGGAACUCAUAUCGAAGGCCUACAUCGCUGAGCUAGUGAACUUUAAUGUACUGAAGCUCUCCAUUAGCAGGCUGAAUAAACGACUCACAGAAUUGUAUGGUCAGAAUUUCAGUGUGUUUCCAGGAUUAUCAGUUGAGAAAAUACAGCCUCCUUUCUAACCUGAAAUUCUCUAUUUAAAUCUAAAAAUCGCAUAAAACAGCCUCAUUUAGUUAAAAACGUAUGUAACAAGAAACAUUAAAAUGCUCUAUUAUAUUCCAUCUCAUCUUCUGAUGGAUUUUUAAUUGUACUAAAUCAAGGUGUUUAUUUACGGCUGCUUCACACUCGGACAGCACAUGAUUUACAGAUAUCUCUAUAGAAGUAAACUCUUUUAGUCAUACUGAAACUUUAUUAGCUCCUGACCAAUCAGGUCACAGGUUAGGGGUGAGUGAGAAAAACAAACAUGGAGGACAAAGUGCUGGUAUAAAAUGAGUCUUAUUAGCGAAGGAAUAUAAAGAUAUUUACAUUAAUCUUUUUUUCAUCUGGAUUACUGAGAAUAAUAGAUCUGUUAGAAAAGUGUAAAAGCAGCGUAAAAGACACUUUGUUAACCUUCAUUUUUCCUGUAACACUUGUACACUCAUGCAAAAAGCUUUUUAAUCAACAUUGUUAGGUUUGCUUCUCUGCUAAUAAAAGCUAUUAUUAAACAUUAUGCAAAUAUUAUAUUCAGUAUAAUUACAUACAUUUCUGUCUGUUAAUUAUCCUGCAGAUCUUUAAUAAAACUUCAGUUUGCUGUGAA